AAUCAAUGCCAUCGCUCUUGUCUCAACUAAAUUAAUUUCUUCAUACACUUCUUUCUUCAUUGUUCAUUCCUAAAAUAUUCAUGUAUAUGUAUAUGUAUAUUUAUAUUUAUAUAUAUGUAUGUAUGCAUACUCGUCUGCUCUGCUGCACCUGAAUACGUGUUCAUGUGGUGAUCGUAAUGAAGGGAAGAACGUUGGAUGUUUGUUGAAAUUCCUGACUGGUGCGGAAACGGUAGAUAGGAUCAUUGAUGUCAUGAAACUUGCAACAAUUCAUUAUCCAUUUCUUGCCAAACGGAAUUUGGUUUUGUAUCCAAGUAAAUGGGCUUUUCCUAUCCACCUUAGAUACUGGAGGUCGGCAGCAGAAAGUGAUUUUGUGCCUUCUAGGACAGAAGAUAUUGAUAAUGACUAUCUAUGGGACACCCGUGUGAUAUCCACGCGCGGCCACCUUAGGCAUGCUCUUUCACUGUUCUACUCCUUUAGACAGCCUCAUUCCCGCCAGACCUAUGCCUAUCUCUUCCAUGCUUGUGCGCGCCUCCGCUGCCUCCAUGAAGGCAUGGGACUGCACCGUUACAUGAUGUCGCGGGAUCUGAUGGACUCAUUCGAUCUCUUUGUUACCAAUCAUCUUAUUAACAUGUACUGUAAGUGUGGCCACUUAGAUUAUGCCUGGCAAUUAUUUGACGAAAUGCCGAGGAGAAACCUUGUGUCUUGGACCGUGCUUAUCUCGGGACUUUCUCAGUAUGGACAUGUCGAUGAGUGCUUCCUUCUAUUUCCUAGAAUGUUGGUAGACUGUAGACCAAAUGAGUUUACAGUUGCAAGUUUGCUGACCUCAUUUGGCGAGCAUGAUGGUGAACGUGGGCGGCAGGUACAUGGGUUUGCCUUGAAAACGUCUUUAGAUGCCUUUGUUUACGUUGCAAAUGCUCUUAUUACUAUGUAUAGCAAGAGUUUCUGUAAAGGUGGUAUUUUUAAUGACAGUAACGAUGAUGCUUGGACUAUGUUCAAGAGCAUAGAAAAUCCGAGCCUUAUAACAUGGAACUCGAUGAUUGCAGGGUUUUGUUUCCGGAAACUUGGAAACCAAGCUAUCUAUUUAUUUAUGAAAAUGAAUCGUGAAGGAAUUGGGUUUGAUCGUGCAACACUUUUAAGCACUUUGUCUUCCUUAAAUCUGUGCAAUAGGGAUGAAUUUGGUCUGGGUCUGAGCUUUUGUCAUGAGUUACACUGUCUAGCAUUCAAAACUGCUUUCAUCUCAGAAAUUGAAGUAGCUACUGCAUUAGUGAAAACUUAUGCAGAUCUUGGAGGGGACAUUGCUGAUAGUUAUAGGCUUUUUGUUGAAGCAGGAUAUCAUUGGGAUAUAGUUUUGUGGACCAGCAUUAUGACAGCUCUUGUAGAACAUGACCCUGGCAAAACCCUUUCCCUAUUUCGUCAGUUUCGUCAAGAAGGCUUAACCCCGGAUGGGCAUACUUUUUCAAUUGUAUUAAAGGCCUGUGCUGGAUAUCUAACCGAGAAGCAUGCCUCAACAUAUCAUUCACUACUAAUUAAAUCUAUGUCUGAGGACGACAUUGUCCUUAACAAUGCCUUGAUUCAUGCUUAUGGGAGGUGUGGUUCAAUUACUCUCUCUAAGAAAGUAUUCAAGGAAAUGAAGUAUCGUGAUUUGGUUUCUUGGAACACAAUGAUGAAGGCCUAUGCUAUCCAUGGGCAAGCUAAAAAUGCAUUGCAUUUGUUUUCAAAGAUGGAUGUCCCACCUGAUUCUACUACAUUUGUUUCUCUCCUUUCAGCUUGUAGCCAUGCUGGGCUUGUGGAAGAAGGAACCAGCCUUUUCAAUUCAAUUAAGUAUUAUGGUAUUGUUUGUCAACUAGAUCACUAUGCUUGCAUGGUUGACAUUUUGGGUAGAGUUGGUCGAGUUCAAGAGGCUGAAUAUUUUAUAAGUAAAAUGCCUAUAGAGCCUGAUUUUGUUGUUUGGAGUUCAUUCCUAGGAUCAUGUAGGAAGCAUGGUGCAACACAGUUGGCGAAAUUAGCAUCUAACAAAUUGAAAGAGUUAGAUCCUAGCAAUUCUUUAGCUUAUGUGCAAAUGUCAAACUUAUAUUGCUUCAGUGGUAGCUUUUACGAAGCAGACUUAAUUAGGAUGGAAAUGAAAGGGUCUAGAGUGAGAAAGGAACCUGGAUUAAGUUGGGUAGAAAUAGAAAAUCAAGUCCAUGAGUUUGCAUCUGGAGGUCGACGUCACCCACAGAGGGAGGAAAUAUGCAAUGAGCUUGAAGAACUCAUUGGGAGGUUGAAACAGCUUGGUUAUGUGCCCGAGACAAGCAUAGCAUUGCAUGAUGUGGAGCAAGAGCAAAAGGAGGAGCAACUAUAUCAUCAUAGUGAGAAGCUGGCUUUGGUUUUUUCCAUAAUGAAUGAUAGUAACUUGUGUCAUGUCGGAACUCUUGUAAGGAUCAUGAAAAACAUUCGAAUUUGUGUGGAUUGUCAUAAUUUCAUGAAGUUAGCUUCAAGGCUACUUAAGAAGGAGAUUGUCAUCAGAGACUCUAACCGCUUUCAUCAUUUCACAACUGGAUUAUGCUCUUGCAAUGAUUACUGGUAAUAAAUUGGCAUCAGACAUUCAAAUACAGAUAUUUCCGUGAAUCCAAGACUGAUGACAUAACAUUCAUAAUCAUCAGUAUAUCUGAUUGGCUGGGAUAAAUCACUGCAAACAGCCAGAAGAGUCGAAGACUAUA